AAAACUAAAUAGAAAUGUGAGUUUUUGCCCGUAGCACUUUAACUAUCGUAAACAACCAAUUUUUGCAAGAAACUAGGCAAAUUGGUAAAUUACCAUACCGCUUUUUGAAGGUGUUAUUACUAUAUCGAACAUUUGCGGUCAAAAAGAGGAUCGUUUGAAAGAUAUUCAACGUUACAUACACCAAAUAGAUGAUGAACGACGACGCUCGGAGACAAACAUCAACAGCUUGUCACGAGCCCAGCAAAGUAAUAUGCCCGUGCAGAAAAUGAAAAGCCUUUAUAAAGCCUGCCUUCAAGAUGCUGUGGUAGAGGAAGACACUAUUCGUAAGGCUUUGGAAAAAAUACAGGAAAUUCGUAAUAUACGUAAUGAACGGCGUAUACAGGCAAGAAAUGCCGGAAAUAAAGAGGCUAUUCGCAGAGGCGCACUUAUGAAGAUGGUGCAAAUAUCAGCACAAACGCUUCCACUUUUUGUUAGUAAGCCAGGCGAAAAAGUCCCUCCACUUUGUGGGGCCAUACCGGCAGAAAGCAAUUAUAUAGCCAAAGUGGGUGAUAAUGUGGCCGCCUUGGUCAAGGGUGUUGAGGAGGAAGAGAACUGGAUUUUGGCAGAAGUAGUUAGUUUUUUACAAAGACAAAAUAAGUACGACGUCAUUGAUAUUGAUGAGGAACAAAAGGAUCGACAUGUACUCAGUAAACGCAAAGUUAUUCCGUUACCUUUAAUGAGGGCCAAUCCAGAGACAGAUGGUCAUGCCUUAUUUCCAAAAGACACUGUUGUAAUGGCCCUAUAUCCCCAAACGACUUGUUUCUACAAGGCUAUUAUACACCGCUUACCCCAAACAGCUACUGAGGACUAUGAAGUUUUGUUCGAAGACUCCUCGUAUACCAAUGGCUAUGCUGAGCCCCUUCCGGUAGCACAGCGUUAUGUUAUUGUCUAUAAAUCUACAAAAAAGAGUGGUAGCACCGGAGGAGGCAGUGGUAGCGUAUCAUCAUCAGCAUAAAAAAGGGCAAGUGUUUGUAUCUUUUAAAAUUGUACAAUUUAAUGAAAAAAUAAAUCUUACGCUAUACUUUAAACUAUGCUAAAA